ACAAUGCCUUUUGCACAGCUUCUUAUCAAUAAAGCAUCAUUAAAAGCAUUAAAGGAUGCAGAAAAAGAAACUGAAAAAAAGGCUAAUAAGAUAAAACGCAAGAAGGAAUCUGCAGCUUAG